AUGGACCAGGUGCAGAUAUUAAAAGAUAAAGGAAACGCUGCUUUAAGUGCAAAUAACUCAGAGGAAGCAAUUAAAUGGUAUACCGAAGCUAUUGCAUUAGACCCCAAUAACCACGUUCUCUACAGUAAUCGUUCGGCUGCGUAUGCCAAAAGCCAUAAAUAUGAUCUUGCUCUAUUGGACGCCAACAAAACAAUUGAAUUAAAACCUGAUUGGAGCAAAGGGUAUUCACGUAAAGGAAGUGCAUUAGCAUUUUUAGGGAGACAUAGAGAAUCAAUAUGUGCUUAUGAGGAAGGUUUAAAACAUGAACCAGACAAUAUUCAACUUAAACAAGGUUUAAAUGAAGCUCACAUUCAACUGGCAUAUGAAUCACGUCUUGCAAUAGCUGAACUAUUCAAGCAAUUAAGGUCGAACCAAAAUACAAAAAAUUACGUGGAUGAUCCGGAGUUUUUGCUGUUUUUAGAGCAAUAUGUAGAUGAUCCUGUAAAAGCCAGAGCUAAUGCUUCAAAUCCUCGUCUACAAAACUUUUUACGAGCUAUAUGUGACCCAAAUAUUUUGGAGGAACCAAUGGAUUUAGAUCCCCCACCACAAUGUACAAAACCCAAUAACUCUUCAAAAACCGCAGAACCUACAACAAAAAUUGAUGAAGAUUCAAAUUUGUCACCAGAAAAACGUGAAGCCAUAAAAGAGAAAAUGUUGGGCAAUGAAGCAUACAAAAAAAAAGACUUUGAAACUGCUUUGAAACAUUAUUUUAGAGCCGUAGAAUUGGAUCCUACUGAAAUAACAUAUUACAAUAACGUUGCUGCCGUAUAUUUUGAACUUAAAGAAUAUGAAAAAUGUAUAAAAGAAUGUGAAAAGGGUAUAGAAAUCGGUCGUGAAAAUCGAGCAGAUUUUAAAUUGAUUGCCAAAGCCUUUAAAAGAAUCGGAAAUUCUUAUAAAAAGUUAAACGACGUUCGAAAAGCAAAAAUUUAUUAUGAAAAAAGUAUGUCUGAAUUUAGAACUCCGGAAAUUCGAACGCUUUUAUCAGAUGUUGAAAAAAUAAUCAAAGAAGAAGAAAGGAAAGCUUAUAUUGACCCAGUCAAAGCUGAAGAAGAAAAAGAAGAAGGGAAUAAGUUAUUUAAAAAGGGCGAUUAUGCUGGUGCUAUAAAACAUUACACAGAAGCCAUAAAAAGGAAUCCGGAUGACGUUAAGUAUUAUUCAAAUAGAGCUGCUUGUUACACAAAAUUAGCUGCAUUCGAUUUAGGUCUUAAGGAUUGUAAGAUGUGCUUAGAAUUAGAUCCUACAUUUAUUAAGGGAUGGGUUCGUAAAGGAAAAAUUUUACAAGGAAUGCAACAAUAUGGAAAAGCCGUUGAAGCAUAUCAAAAAGCUUUAGACCUAGAUCCGAAUAAUGCGGAAGCAUUAGAGGGCUACAGAUCGUGCUCGGUAGCUUUUCAUUCAGAUCCCGAAGAAGUUCGAAAAAGAGCACUCGCAGAUCCCGAAGUUCGUAAAAUAUUGUUCGAUCCUGCUAUGAGACUUAUAUUAGAUCAAAUGCAAAAUGAUCCCAAAGCACUUAAUGAUCACUUAAAAAAUCCAGAAAUUGCUGCGAAAAUACAAAAACUUUUAGAGUCUGGAUUAAUAGCUAUACACUAA